CUGCGUUUACUUGUAGUGGAUUGUAAAGCGUGUUUUCGAGUAGAGUCAACUUUCAUGCUUCGGUUAUGCGCCCGGCUCGUGUUAGGUGGAUAGUGUGUUUACAAGUACUUAUCAUUGGACUUUACACCGAUCUCCGAACUAUUUGGUGCAUUUAUCCUGAUGAGCAAUUUAGUGUCCCCAGGCGAUUGGAAGAAACGGUGUGGCCCGAAAGGCUCCCUCUGUGGAUGGAACAAAAAAGGAUUUAUUCAGGUUACCACCCGUAUGUGAAAAAUGACCAGCUGUCGCAACCGUACCAGGAUAUCGAAUUGACCUCUGACAAGACAGAUCAUGAGCAAAAGCAGCUUGCAAGACUCCGUAGAGCAAUGAGUGUAGACGAUGUGCCAUACGAGCGAUUCCGUGGUGAAGGUGGUUUUACGGACAUGCAGGUCGGGAUGACCAACCCAGCGAAGCGUGCAGAGCUUGGCCUUGCUCCCGGGUACAGACGUAACUCAGCCUGGUUCCCGAUCGCGAUCGGAGUGACGUGCUUCUUGCUCGUGGCAUUAGCAGUUUUCGGAACCGUGAUGUACUACUACAGGGUUUAUGUGCCAGGAACGAAUAAAAUGGAUGCUUUUAACAAAUUCGGCAGCCAAAACGGGGGAUCUGAAGGAGUCGCAGAAUGGACCGUUUUGCGACCUGCUGGUAGUCGCACGGAUGGUGAUCGAAAGUUGGCUCAUUCAGCCCAGAUGUAUCAUUAUCAACACCAGAAGCAACAAAUGCUGGCUGUGGAACGCGCGAACGGUCAACUCCGUGGAAGCGAAGAUGGAAGCGAAUCUGAUACAGAGGAGGCGGAUUUCACGGUUUAUGAAUGCCCCGCUUUGGCUGAGGUGAGUAAUAUAUCUGAGUGCACUGCUAUCAUCUAUUUGUAG